UAUCAACCAAUCAAGAGAAAGCACCCCAAGAUGCAAAGUCAUUUACCUAACUCCACUAAGUGGCGUUAUGUACCUGGUACUUUCAUACACGUGUCUAUCUGGAAUUUUACAGGCACAAUUGUGGUUGCGCCCUACUUAGAACUUGCGGUUUUGUGACAUCCUUUUCAGAUGGAACAGAACAUCUUGCGGUUAAGCUAACUUCCUUUUGCAAUGGGUUACAGAGAAAGGUACAAACAGAGAAGUGCUGUCUAUUUUACUUUCUAUCAGGGACAGAGAGAUUUUGCAAAUGGAGUUCCUCUGGCUACUUACGGCCUGUGUGGCCUGACCAGGAUUAUUCUGGCCCUGGUCAUUGCCACCCUAUACUGCAAAGCCCUGGACAAGAGAGGGAAAUACCAGGAGAUGCUCAGAGUCCAGCCAAGAGCCUCAAAAGGAUAUCUUGGCAUUGGCGUAACCAGGGGGGACAACUGCCCCCCUAUAACAUAAAAAAUAAAAAGCCGAUGUUUUGCCAAGCGAGAGAGGGCUGAGCUGGGUGCUUCGGCUUUGCAAGGGUUAAACGGAAGCGAGCUGCCUUCGUAGAGAGGACAGGAAGCAAAGGGGGGGGUCAGAUCCUCCAGAGCCAAGGCCCCUCCCUCCCUCCCUCCCCAGUCCUCCUUUCCUGCUUUGGUGUCUCUCCUGCAAAGGCUGCAUUGCUGUCCCCUCCUGGGAUCUGGAUUUGCUAGAGCUUCUCAUUGCAACAGACAGAACUUGGCAGAAGACCAAAGGGUUCCUUCCGAUCUAUCGGAGCCUUCCUGAGACCACAGAUGGAUGAGCGAGAUUCAGCUGGCCCUGAAGCAGGAAGAGGCCAUGCCAUCCAAACUGGAAACAGUGGGGGAUUCUGGGAAAACCCAGUGCCAAAGAUCCUGGGUGAGGAGGGCACCCUCCGCUCUGAGGUGCAGAGCCAGCAGUUGAGGCAGUUCUGCUGCCAGGAGGCCAAAGGACCCCGAGAGGUUUGCAGCCGACUCUACCACUUUUGCCACCAGUGGCUGAAGCCAGAAAGGCACACGAAAGCUGAGAUGCUGGACCUGGUGAUCUUGGAGCAGUUCCUGGCUGUCCUUCCCCCGGAGAUGGAGAGCUGGGUGAGGGAAUGCGGAGCGGAGACCAGUUCCCAGGCGGUGGCCCUGGCCGAAGGUUUCCUCCUGAGUCAGGCAGAGGAGAGAAAGCAGGUGAGAGAGACUUUCCUCUGGAUACUCCCAAGGGGCGCCAAACAGGACAGAGAACAUCCCAUAAUGGUCUACUGAUGGCCCAUGCGUUUUCUGGGAAAGCAUCCAUGGAAUGAGAUCUCACACCCUUCAAGUCUUUGUCACUCUCUUUCUAAUAUUUCUAACCAUUCUCUGUUGUGAAUCCUUGUUUCUUUUUCAGGGAAUGGAUCAUUUUGCAGAAAUGGACCUGGAUUCCUGUGAGGCAGAGAGGCCUCCAUUGGACACCAGAGAGAGGCCACUGGGUGACGGAAUGAUGCCGGCAAGAGCUCCUGAUCCGUCUUUUCAUGGGGGCAGAAGGGAAGCAGCGGCUGUGGAACCAGAUCAGGGUCCAGUGUGCUUUGAAGACGUCGCUGUACGUUUCACGGACGAGGAGUGGGCGUUGCUGGAUCCUGACCAAAGAGCUCUGCAUAAGGACGUCAUGGAGGAGAAUCAUGGGAUCGUGGCCUCUCUUGAUUGUGAUGAAUCGGAAAUCGAGAACAAAGGUGACCAUGAAAAAAUCCCCAUAGUGGUGAAGCCAUGUAAAGAUUUGGUUUGUGGAGAAAGCUGCAGUCAGAGCUCCCAUUCCACUUCCCAUCAACAAAAUUUUAUUGGAAAGAAACUCUAUCAGUGCAUGGAAUGUGGAAAGAGCUUCAAUCAGAGCUCCCAUCUCACUUCCCAUCAAAGAAUCCAUACAGGGGAGAAACCCUAUCAGUGUGUGGAAUGUGGAAAGAGCUUCAGAUGGAGAACCGAUCUCAAUUCCCAUCAGAGAAUUCAUACAGGGGAGAAACCCUAUCAGUGUGUGGAAUGUGGAAAGAGCUUCAGGAGGAGCUGCGAUCUCACUUCCCAUCAAAGAAUUCAUACAGGGGAGAAACCCUAUCAGUGUGUGGAAUGUGGAAAGAGCUUCCGUCACAGCCACUAUCUCACUUCCCAUCAAAGUAUUCAUACAGGUGAGAAACCCUAUCAGUGUGUGGAAUGUGGAAAGAGCUUCACUGAGAGGUCCAAACUCACUUCCCAUCAAAGAAUUCAUACAGGGGAGAAACCCUAUCAGUGUGUGGAAUGUGGAAAGAGCUUCACUGAGAGGUCCAAACUCACUUCCCAUCAAAGAAUUCAUACAGGGGAGAAACCCUAUCAGUGUGUGGAAUGUGGAAAGAGCUUCAGCGACAGCCGCAAUCUCACUUCCCAUCAAAGAAUUCAUACAGGGGAGAAACCCUAUCAGUGCUUGGAAUGUGGAAAGAGCUUCAGUCGGAGCUCCCAUCUCACUUCCCAUCAAAGAAUUCAUACAGGGGAGAAACCCUAUCAGUGCAUGGAAUGUGGAAAGAGCUUCAGUCAGAGUUCCUAUCUCACUUCCCAUCAAAGAAUCCAUGCAGAGGAGAAACCCUAUCAGUGUGUGGGAUGUGGAAAGAGCUUCAGGAGGAGCUGCGAUCUCACUUCCCAUCAAAGAAUUCAUACAGGUGAGAAACCCUAUCAGUGUGUGGAAUGUGGAAAGAGCUUCACUGAGAGGUCCAAACUCGCUUCCCAUCAAAGAAUUCAUGCAGAGGAGAAACCCUAUCAGUGCAUGGAAUGUGGAAAGAGCUUCAUUGAGAGGUCCAAACUCACUUCCCAUCAGAGAAUUCAUACAGGGGAGAAACCCUAUCAGUGUGUGGAAUGUGGAAAGAGCUUCAUUGAGAGGUCCAAACUCACUUCCCAUCAGAGAAUUCAUACAGGGGAGAAACCCUAUCAGUGUGUGGAAUGUGGAAAGAGCUUCAGUCAGAGCUCCUCUCUCACUUCCCAUCAAAGAAUUCAUACAGGAGAGAAACCCUAUCAGUGCGUGGAAUGUGGAAAGAGCUUCAGUCACAGCAACAGUCUCACUUCCCAUCAAAGAAUUCAUACAGGGGAGAAACCCUAUCAGUGUGUGGAAUGUGGAAAGAGCUUCAGUUGGAGAACCGAUCUCACUUCCCAUCAGAGAAUUCAUACAGGGGUGAAACCCUAUCAGUGUGUGGAAUGUGGAAAGAGCUUCAGGAGGAGCUGCGAUCUCACUUCCCAUCAAAGAAUUCAUACAGGGGAGAAACCCUAUCAGUGUGUGGAAUGUGGAAAGAGCUUCAGGAGGAGCUGCGAUCUCACUUCCCAUCAAAGAAUUCAUACAGGGGAGAAACCCUAUCAGUGCGUGGAAUGUGGAAAGAGCUUCCGUCACAGCCACUAUCUCACUUCCCAUCAAAGUAUUCAUACAGGUGAGAAACCCUAUCAGUGUGUGGAAUGUGGAAAGAGCUUCAGUCAGAGCUCCUCUCUCACUUCCCAUCAAAGAAUCCAUGCAGGGGAGAAACCCUAUCAGUGUGUGGAAUGUGGAAAGAGCUUCAGGAGGAGCUGCGAUCUCACUUCCCAUCAAAGAAUUCAUACAGGGGAGAAACCCUAUCAGUGUGUGGAAUGUGGAAAGAGCUUCCGUCACAGCCACUAUCUCACUUCCCAUCAAAGUAUUCAUACAGGUGAGAAACCCUAUCAGUGCUUGGAAUGUGGAAAGAGCUUCAGUUGGAGAACCGAUCUCACUUCCCAUCAGAGAAUUCAUACAGCAGUGAAACCCUAUCAGUGUGUGGAAUGUGGAAAGAGCUUCAGGAGGAGCUGCGAUCUCACUUCCCAUCAAAGAAUUCAUACAGGUGAGAAACCCUAUCAGUGUGUGGAAUGUGGAAAGAGCUUCAGGAGGAGCUGCGAUCUCACUUCCCAUCAAAGAAUUCAUACAGGGGAGAAACCCUAUCAGUGCGUGGAAUGUGGAAAGAGCUUCCGUCACAGCCACUAUCUCACUUCCCAUCAAAGUAUUCAUACAGGUGAGAAACCCUAUCAGUGUGUGGAAUGUGGAAAGAGCUUCAGUCAGAGCUCCUCUCUCACUUCCCAUCAAAGAAUCCAUGCAGGGGAGAAACCCUAUCAGUGUGUGGAAUGUGGAAAGAGCUUCAGGAGGAGCUGCGAUCUCACUUCCCAUCAAAGAAUUCAUACAGGGGAGAAACCCUACCAGUGCGUGGAAUGUGGAAAGAGCUUUAGUCACAGCUCCCAUCUCACUUCCCAUGAAAGAAUUCAUACAGGGGAGAAACCCUAUCAGUGUGUGGAAUGUGGAAAGAGCUUCAGUCACAGCCACCAUCUCAAAGACCACCAAAGAAUUCAUACAGGAGAGAACCCCUACCAGUGCCUCGAAUGUGGAAAGAGCUUCAGGAAGAAGGACUUUCUCACUUCCCAUCAAAGAAUUCAUACAGGAGAGAAACCCUACCAGUGCAUAGAAUGUGGAAAGAGCUUCAGUCACAGCAACAGUCUCAUAUCCCAUAAAAGAAUCCAUACAAAUGAGAAACUCUAUCAGUGCAUGGAAUGUGGAAAGAGCUUCAAUCAGAGCUCCCAUCUCACUUCCCAUCAAAGAAUCCAUACAGGGGAGAAACCUUAUCAGUGUGUGGAAUGUGGAAAGAGCUUCAGUUGGAGAACCGAUCUCACUUCCCAUCAGAGAAUUCAUACAGGGGAGAAACCCUAUCAGUGUGUGGAAUGUGGAAAGAGCUUCCGUCACAGCCACUAUCUCACUUGCCAUCAAAGAAUUCAUACAGGGGAGAAACCCUAUCAGUGUGUGGAAUGUGGAAAGAGCUUCUGUAGGAGCUCCUCUCUCACUUCCCAUCAAAGAAUUCAUACAGGGGAGAAACCCUAUCAGUGUGUGGAAUGUGGAAAGAGCUUCACUGAGAGUUCCAAACUCACUUCCCAUCAAAGAAUUCAUACAGGGGAGAAACCCUAUCAGUGUGUGGAAUGUGGAAAGAGCUUCCGUCACAGCCACUAUCUCACUUCCCAUCAAAGAAUUCAUACAGGGGAGAAACCCUAUCAGUGUGUGGAAUGUGGAAAGAGCUUCUGUAGGAGCUCCUCUCUCACUUCCCAUCAAAGAAUUCAUACAGGGGAGAAACCCUAUCAGUGUGUGGAAUGUGGAAAGAGCUUCACUGAGAGUUCCAAACUCACUUCCCAUCAAAGAAUUCAUACAGGGGAGAAACCCUAUCAGUGCAGGGAAUGUGGAAAGAGCUUCAGGAAGAAGGACUUUCUCACUUCUCAUCAGAGAAUUCAUACAGGGGAGAAACCCUAUCAGUGUGUGGAAUGUGGAAAGAGCUUCAGUCACAGCUCCCAUCUCAAUUCCCAUCACAUAAUUCAUACAGGGGAGAAACCCUAUCAGUGCAUGGAAUGUGGAAAGAACUUCAGUCACAACCACAGUCUCACUUCCCAUCAAAGAAUUCAUACAGGGGAGAAACUCUAUCAGUGCAUGGAAUGUGGAAAGAGCUUCAGUCAUAGCUCCGAUCUCACUAAGCAUCGAAGAAUUCAUACAGGGGAGAAACCCUACCAGUGCAUAGAAUGUGGAAAGAGCUUCAGUCACAGCAACAGUCUCACAUCCCAUAAAAGAAUCCAUACAAAUGUCAGAAAAACCAUUAUACAGCUAUAGGAGCCAGGCAAAUCUGCACCUUUUUAACCAGGCCUUUGGCUGAUUGACAUCUAAUGCCCUUUAAAAAUGUGGUGUUUUGUGUUUUUAUGUGGUGUUUUUUUAUAUGUAACCAUCCUGAGACCUGUGGGUUUGAGGAAUCGGCACUGACUCUUAAAGGCGUAGGGGUCUUUGGUCCCCUAUGAAAUAUUGGAGGAGGCCACCCCCAGGUUUUUGUGUUGUUUUGUUUUCAAACGCAACGUUUUAUUUUUCCGCUGCUUGCCAUACAAUUUCCCUUUCAAUUUGCCCUCUUAAGGAAUAAAAUAAAUAAAUAAAUGCACAAAGGUCAUGAGGACAACAAAAUACAAGAAAAUACAAAUGUGGGCAGGUCCCAUCUUUGCAGGCCAAAAGCAAAAGUUGCUUUAAAGCAGGUUUUCCCAAAUUUGGGUCCUCGGCAGCUCCACCGGACUACACUUCCCAUUAUCCCUCCCCAUUGGUCCUGAGCACCCCAGAGCCAGCUGCCUCGACACGGAUUUUGAAGUCGGCCAGCAGUCAAGGAGUCCUGAACUCCGCCUGUGAGACCAGCUCUGUCAGCACAGGCAGGGAGACCAUGGAGGGCAAAGGAAGCGGGAAGCUAGCAAACACCCCUCAACAAGACCCCAACCCCAGAGUCUGUUCAGCCCCCUCCGCUUCUUGUAGCUGGAGUCAGUCUGGGCGCUGCCCUCCCAGGCCAGGUGGGAAAGGCCUGCCAGGCAGGGACUAGGUCCUGCAGGACUCCCAGCAAGAAAACCUGGGAGGUGAGUCUUGGGCAAAGAAGGGACAAGGGAGUUCCCUGUCUCCAAGGUGUGAGGCUUACCUUCUCUUCCAUCGGGCCUCAGGUAGGCCCAACUCUGGCUGAGCUAUUACAUUCUGCAGAGGAAAUAAAAAUCUGGGUCAGAUGACACUACGAAAGCCACCUUGGAUGGCUGCACCCACCUUGGACCCAAUCCCUUGUCCCAGAGGACCACCCUGAGCCCUGCAGCCUCCUGGGCAGAGGUGGAAGGGCAGCAGCAGGGAAAGGGGGCAGGAAAAGCCUCUGGCCUCAUCUUGGCACCCAGGAACACACACCGCAUCGUCUGCCUUAAAAGUCACUCGCUUUGGUGAUCAGUCUUCUUCAUGGUCCAGCUCUCCUAGGCAACCCCAUUGCUGGAGACUUACAUAGUAAGUCUGUUGCUGUUAUAAACAGUAGGUGCACUAAGGAGAAUUCCACUGAUACAGUGGAGGAGGUGCGUCAGGUGCGCAACUCAGAAGGAGCUACAAAGGGCGAGACGCCCACCAGAUAUGCUCAGGAGUUUGCUAAUAGAGUUGUUGCAGAUUUUGCUGUGGUUAGUAGCUCGACACAAGUCUUAGAAUCAUAGAAUCGUAGAGUUGGAAGAGACCACAAGGGCCAUCAGUCCAAUCCCCUGACAAGCAGGAAACACCAUCAAAGCAUUCCUGUCUCGGCGGCCACUCCCAGUCACCAGUCUAGCUGCCGCAUUCUGGAUUACCAGGGACAACGUGCAUCGAUUGCUUGCAAGAGAGCGUUAAGUGCCUUGCAAGAUCAAGGAUGCCGUGUUUGUACAAGCAAAUAAUGGAGAUCUGUACGAUUGUGCAAUUGCUGGGCAGAAAGGGAACUCCCCAUACUUAUGUUCCUUCCUUCGUAUAUUCACCGGGAUCCGUAGCUCUUGCCGAGCGAAGUGUGUAAAACUAGCCCCACGUUGGGCACCAGAUGAAGUAAAGCAGGCAAGUGAGGAGUUAUUGCAGGUGAGCUGUGCAUAACCAAGCUGAUUGCUAGCUUGGCAGAGGCUCCUUUAAUUAGCACAAUAUGCACACGUUUAGGAACAGUCUGACCUUUAGCACUUUUACAUUGUGAGCUGACACUUAGGUUUCCUCUGAUAUUUGCGAGACUUGCUCCACCAAGUGAGCCAUGCCUCUCCCAGAGAAGGCAAAGGUCACAGAAAGGGCACGGGAGACUACUCAGAAAGCCAAAGGUGAGACCGAGGGCAUGACGUCAGAAAGCUAUGGCUUGCCUGUGGGCGGUAGUAAUAACAACAACAACAACAACAACAACAACAACAACAACAACAGUAAAUUAUUUAUUUCCCCAGCCACUCUGGGCGGCUUCCAACAUAAAAAUGAAAUAAAAAUAAUCUAUUAAACAUUAAAAGCCUCCCUAAACAGGGCUGCCUUGAGAGGUCUUCUAAAAAUCUGGUAGCUGUUUUUCUCUUUGACAUCUGAUGGGAGGGCAUUCCACAGGGCGGGUGCCACCACCGAGAAGGCCCUCUGCCUAGUUCCCUGCAACUUGGCUUCUCGCAGUGAGGGAACCGCCAGAAUAGGGCGUGUUGAAUUUUUCAUCUUUAAAAAUCCUGAUUUGAGGGGUGUUAAAAAGUUGUGGUAUGAUGAGGUAAUUUGAAAUCUAUUUUGGUUCCUUGUAAAUAUUGAGGUCUUGCUUGGUAAAUCUCUAUGUGAAAAGUUCCUACUUUUUAACAUUUUUGAAAUUUUCCUGUCAUUUAUAAACAUAUAGGUUAUUCCCCCAUUUUGAUGAAAACAGAUGUUGAUAAGUGCCUAAAAUUGAUGACAAGAUACAGUGGUACCUAGCAAGAUGAAAUUAAUUUGUUCUGCAAGUCGCUUCAUAUAGCAAAAAACUCGUCUUGUAAAGCAUGGUUUAAAAUUUUCCCGGUUUACCCGGUCUACCCAUUUAGUUAAUGCAUUCCUAUUUGUCUUGCGAAGCGCGGUCAUAGGCAACUUUGUAUUGUGAGUCACCUCGCGCAACGCAAAACGCUUUCAUCUUGAGAGUUCUUCGUUGCAUGAGGCAUUCGUCUUGUGGGGUACCACUGUAUUGUAGUUCUCUUAUAUAUGUAUUGUAGUUGUCUGUACUAUUAAUAUUAAUAAUUAUAUUAAUAUUAAUAUUAUACAACAGUACAGUGGUACCUCUACUUAUGAAUAACUCUACUUACGAAUGUUUCUACUUACGAAUGGAGCUCUGUCCGCCAUCUUGGAUGCGGUUUAGAUUUUUUCUACUUACGAAUUUUUAGAUAGGGUUGCUUCUACUUACGAUUUUUUUCUCCCAAUGCAUUCCUAUGGGAUUCGACUUACAAAUUUUUUCGACUUACAAACGUGUGUUCGGAACGCAUUAAAUUCGUAAGUAGAGGUACCACUGUAUGUGAUAUCUUUUUUGCUUUCUACCACCAGUCCACCCACUGAGGUCGUUGGGGUUUCAAAGCUGAAAUGCUCUGACAAGUAGAUUUCUCAUCUAUCCGAGAUAGACAGAAUGGGGUGACAUGAGGACAUCUAACCAGCCCUAGCAAUUGUCUUCUGUGUUGCAUUGGAGACUGGGGGCUGGGGUCUUGCUUGAAUAUGUUACAGAGCAUCUCUGGUACCAGAACAAUUGUGUGGUCAUCAAAGGAGCUGGGAUCCUCACCC